AUGUGGUCCCCGGCCGGCGGCGCGCUGGCGGCCGCCGCCCUCGCGCCACCUUGUGGGUGGGUGGAGCGCACCGCCUUGCACGACAACAAAAACACCGACCUGCUGCUGCGGUCUGGCGCUGCACGUCUGCUCCUGCCCGCGCUGCCCUGCCCGGCGCGCUCCAGCGCCGAGGGCGACGGCGACUCAGAGGCCGACGAGGAGGAGCAGCUGAACCUGCUCGUGUACGGGGAUCGUAACGAGGCAAUGUCCGAGGUCGUCCUUGAGGGCGGGGACGGCGACGGCGUCUCAUUCUUCAAGGUCCGCCCAGGCACGCGCGCUGAGCAGGCGGGUGUGAAGCCAGGAGACGUAGUGGUGCAGAUCAACCAGUCGGACCCAGAGGUGCUCUUCGAGAAGCCCGCGGAGGAGAUCCUCCCGUGCGUCGUCGGCCGGGUGGAGAUCUGGUGGCGCCCUGCGCCCCCGCAGGACCCCGGCGAGCGGACCCGCAUCCACUUCAAGAGGCCGAUCGCAUGGGCGUGGUGCCCCGACCGCAACGACGGCCUGGCGCCGGAGCCGUACCCGGUGUCGAGGAGCACGACCCUCGAGGGCCGGGAGUGGCGCUGCGGCUCGUGCCGGUCCACGAACUUCGACCACCAGGAGAUCUGCCGCACCUGCGGCCUGCGGGACUCGCGCCUGCCGCCGCGGCCGCGGGUGCACGAGAUGCCGGGGCACUUCAACAGCAGGUUGCUGAAGGAGGAGCCCGACUUCGAGGCGCCCCAGAUCUUCUCGAGCACGGGGCCUUCCGCGAAGGGCCUGCGCGCCGCGGCCGAGCGGGGCCAGAGGGCGGACCCGCUGGGCAUCAAGAUCGAGCGCCCGCGGAGCGCCGACCCCAAGCGGAGUGCGUUCGAGUACGUCAGAACUCGGGUGUCCCGCUCCGGGCGGCUCUACAGCUGGGGCUACGGGCCCGCCUGUGGCCUAGGCAGCUCCCGCAACGUCAGCAGCCCGACGCUCGUGACCAAGUUCCUGGGCACUGGCGAGGCCGAGGCCUCCGCGCGCGCCGCGCAGCAGGGCCUGGAGACCGGGGGCUUCGGUCGCCACUCCCACCGGCGCUACCGCGAGCGCGUGACGGAGAGGAGCCUCGGGCUGCAGCUGCUGAAGCCGCGGAUCGUCAAGGCGUGCUGCGGGGGCGGCUUCAGCGCCGUGCUCAGCGCCGACGGCGAGGUGUUCACGUUCGGGCUCUCGGCCGGUGGCCGCCUCGGCCUCCGCACCAAGUUCCGGGCGUUGCUGCGGCCGCGGCGCAUCGAGACGCUGCCGGAGGCCAUCUCCGACCUCUCGACUGGGGCAAGCUUC